AUGCCACAAUUCGAGCCCAAUGCAAUUCUGCGAGGGGCUCAGCUCACCGUCGUCGGCACUGUCCGAGCUCUGAGAAAUCCCCAGCUGUUCAAGCACGAGCACUUCCGCCAAGCUGCUCUUGCUGUUGCGGUGGGUGUGGUGAUUGAGCUCAUCCUGCAGAUCCCAAUUAUCGCUGUCAAAAUCUUCCUCCAAAUCGCUUCAGUGGUCGUUGAUCUGAACGAUGUUACUUGGGACGAUAAGCUCAUUGAAGGCCUGGAUUUUAUAUCCAACUCGGUCCUCCAAGUGCCCUUCCUUCUCAUGACUCUCAUGCGAUAUAUUACUCCUACCUUAGAUGAUAUAUUUCUACUGUCCCUUCAAUGGGCCGAUGUCACCUAUGUAGAGAAGCAUAAAGCCGAUGACCCUCAAAAUCUAAGGGACAUGUAUUAUCCGAACCUCAUACAGUAUCCCAAAAAGGGACCUACUGCUCCCUCACGAUCACGAAAGCCAACCACCACUUCGCUGAUCGCAUUCUUAAAUCGAUACAUCCGAAGGGUUGCUAUGUGGCUAGGCAUAUACAUUCUGUCACUGCUUCCCGUAAUCGGAAGAUUUGUGAUGCCUGCAGCAAGUUUCUACAAUGCCAGAGAGACCCUAGGAACAACCCCAGCUGCGGUCAUAUUUGGGUCGGUGCUAGUAUUACCAAGGCGGUAUGUUGUCUUCUUCCUACAUAGCUAUUAUGCAUCACGAAGCUUGAUGCGAGAACUGCUUGAACCAUAUUUCUGCCGCAUCCAGUUCGACAAGGAGCAGAAGAAAAAAUGGUUUAUUGAGCGCGAAGGAGUCCUGUUCGGCUUUGCCUUUGCCUUCACAAUUGUGCUCAAGACCCCCUUUAUUGGCGUGCUCAUGUACGGAAUUGCUCAAGCGUCAACUGCAUACCUGGUCACAAAAAUCACCGACCCUCUUCCACCUCCUGAACACAGUGAGGGAUUUGCCGAGAAACAAAUCACGUGGAAGAACAAGCAUGAGUUUUUGCAACUGUCUCUGGAUGCCUUGGAUAGUUCUCAUGUGAAGAAUCCCAGUAAUGACCAGGCGAAAAGCCCCCGGGUGGAUGUGUCUUCAAGUCCAACAAAAGUGUUUUCUUAA